UGUCGGUCCCCCAAAUCACAGCAGUCUAGAUCCAAGUAGCUAAUAACCGUUUGGGAAUUGGGGUUUGCCGCAUGGACAUAUAGUUUCACUUUCACGUCAGGUACUUCACCUUAGAUGUGUAUUAAAGUCCGAAGUCCAGUAGGCUAUGAAAGCGCGCAAUGGCAGACAAGCACCACAGAGUCACGGCGUUAUUUUUCAUCUUCGUCAACUUCAAAUUUGGUGAUGUCACAUCUGCCAUCAUUGUCCAGUCGAAUGGGAACUUCACACUGCAGCCAAAUGUUCAGGGUCCCCCAGAGGACAUUUUGUGGAGGUGGAAUGAAAACAAGGUGGUUGAAUUUUACCAGGAAGAGAUGGUUACCUACGGACAGUUUAAAGGACGGACGACCCUGGACUUCUCAACGGGAGCCCUGACCCUCACACGUCUCACAGAGGCUGACAGUGGGGAGUAUGCUGGUGAGCUGCAGAUCAAGGGAAAUCUGGUGAAAUAUCGUCAGACGGUGAAAGUGUUUGAUGCUGUAGGUAAACCAGCAGUCACCUGCCAAGUGAACGGCUCCUCAGUAACCCUGCUGUGCUCUGGGGGCGACAGACCAAGCACUCAGUACAGGUGGGAGGGGCCUGCCAUAAAGCCCCAGCCAGGGUCCCAGCUGAAGAUAGAGGCAGCAGAGAGCUCUGAUGCAGUCUACACCUGUGUGCUGCACAACCCUGUGGGUGAGAGCAGGACAGACUUUCCUGUAAAGAGCUGCUUCCCUGCUCCAGGAAGCGCCUCUGUUGUGAUUUCUGUAGUGCUCGUCCUCCUCAUCUUCAUCAUUGUGGGAUUGCUUUUAUUUUACUACAAGAAAUUCUACAAAAAAAGACAAAAUGAAGAGGACAUGGAAGCUCAAUCUGGGGAAAAGACAAGACUGGGAGAGAGAGACUCUGAAGCUGCAGUAAAUGAAAGACAACAGCUAUUACCAGCAGACACUGAAAACGUUGAGGAAACUCCAGUAAGGGUUGGAGAAAGAGUAAAGUGGUAUGAAACCAUGAUGAGCCCAGGUAAGACCCAUGAUGAGCAUCAGAAGACAGCACUGACUGAGCAGCACAAAGGGACUGAUGGGAGUGCUGGAAUUUCACAGGAGGAGAGUCAGACAGAAUCACUAAAUCAGGGUGAAAAGGGUGAAGAUUCUGAAGAGAGAGGAGUGGAGACUGAGGGGGGGAACUCUAAACACCCCUCCUCUGGCACUAUCCCGUUCAGCGCUCCUGAGUCUCCACCUGCUGCUCCACCCAAAACAGGAAAUGAAGAGGAGACAAUUCACCCUCUCGAAUCCAGCCCCUCUCCUCCCCACCCCCCUAAUUCUCCCCCCCAUCCAACACCAGCUCCAGUACAGAAUCAGGACCAGGAAGCGGAAACAGAAGGAGCAGCAGAAGAGGAGGAUAUUCUGAGAUGGGGUCCAGACACCGAUGGGGGGGCAGCACACAAAACACCUGAUGGGAGUGCUGGAAUUCCACAGGAGAGUCAGACAGGAAGGGUUAUGGAAACACCAGAGCUGUAUGGAGACUGGCUGGGCACAGCAAAGCGGAUUGCAGGCAGGCUUAACCCAUUUAAGACCCAUGAUCAGCGUCAGAAGACAGCACUGACUGAGCAGCACAUAGGGACUGAUGGGAGUGCUGGAAUUUCACAGGAGGAGAGUCAGACGGAAUCACUAAAUCGGGGUGAAGAUUCUGAAGAGAGUGGAGUGGAGACUGAGGGGGGGAACUCUAAACACCCCUCCUCUGGCACUGUCCCGUCCAGCGCUCCUGAGUCUCCACCUGCUGCUCCACCCAAAACAGAAAUUGAAGAGGAGACCUUCCACAGUCCCCCAUCCAGCCCCUCUCUUCCCCGCCUUCCUAAUUCUCCUCCCCAUCCAGCACCAGCUCCAGUACAGAGUCAGGACCAGGAAGAGAAAACAGAAGGAGCAGCAGAAGCAGAAUCUACUGAUGAGACUGGAGCCAAUCAGACAGCAGGAGCCCAGAGGCAGAGAGAGAAGAGGGAGGAGCAGGAUGGAGAUAGUGAUGGGGGUGGAGCUCAGCCCAGUGGGACAGGAGGGGGAGGAGCUGAGAACCCAACAGCAGAUCCAGCCCAGGAGCUCUCCAGCAGCUCAGAGGAAGAGGAGGAUAUUCAGGAGAGUCAGACAGGAAGUGCUGGGGAUAAUGUAGCAGACCUGUCUGGAGGCUGGCUGGGCUCAGAAAGACAAAAUGAAGAGGACAUGGAAGCUCAAUCUGGGGAAAAGACAAGACUGGGAGAGAGAGACUCUGAAGCUGCAGUAAAUGAAAGACAACAGCUAUUACCAGCAGACCCUGAAAAUGUUGAGGAAACUCCAGUAAAAUUUUGGGAUAGAGUAAAGCUGUAUAAAGACAGGAUAAGCCCAGGUAAGACCCAUGAUGAGCAUCAGAAGACAGCACUGACUGAGCAGCACAAAGGGACUGAUGAGAGUGCUGGAAUUUCACAGGAGGAGAGUCAGACAGGAAGUGUCCAGGGAAGCGCAGAGCUAGGUAAAGACAUGCUGAAUCCAGAUAAGACCCAUGAUGAGCAUCAGAAGACAGCACUGACUGAGCAGCACAAAGGGACUGAUGGGAGUGCUGGAAUUUCACAGGAGGAGAGUCAGACAGAAUCACUAAAUCAGGGUGAAGAUUCUGAAGAGAGAGGAGUAGAGACUGAGGGGGGGAACUCUAAACACCCCUCCUCUGGCACUGUCCCGUUCAGCGCUCCUGAGUCUCCACCUGCUGCUCCACCCAAAACAGAAAAUGAAGAGGAGACAAUCCACCCUCCCGAAUCCAGCCCCUCUCCUCCCCACCCCCCUAAUUCUCCCCCCCAUCCAGCACCAGCUCCAGUACAGAAUCAGGACCAGGAAGCGGAAACAGAAAGAGAAGCAGCAGCAGAAUCUACUGAUGAGACUGCAGCCAAUCAGAGAGCAGGAGCCCAGAGGCAGAGAGAGGAGGGGGGGGGGCAGGAUGGAGGUAGUGAUCGGGGUGGAGCUCAGCUCAGUGGGGCAGGAGGGGGAGGAGCUAAGAACACAACAGCAGAUGCAGCCCAGGAGCUCCCCAGCAGUCCAGAGGAAGAGGAGGAUAUUCUGGAGAGUCAUACAGAAUCACAAAAUCAGGGUGAAGAUUCUGAAGAGAAUAGAGUGGAGACUGAGGGGGGGAACUCUAAACACGCCUCCUCUGGCACUGUCCCAUCCAGCGCUCCUGAGUCUCCACCUGCUGCUCCACCCAAAACAGGAAGUGCAGAGGAGACAACUAACCCUCCAGAAUCCAGCCCCUCUCCUACCCAGCCCCCUAAUUCUCCCCCCCAUUCAGCACCAGCUCCAGUACAGAAUCAGGACCAGGAAGAGGAAACAGAAGGAGCAGCAGCAGCAGAAUCUACUGAUGAGACUGGAGCCAAUCAGACAGCAGGAGCCCAGGGGCAGAGAGAGGAGGGGGGGGGGCAGGAUGGAGGUAGUGAUCGGGGCGGAGCUCAGCUCAGUGGGGCAGGAGGGGGAGGAGCUAAGAACACAACAGCUGAUGCAGCCCAGGAGCUCCCCAGCAGCUCAGAGAAAGAGGAGGAGAUUCAGGAGAGUCAGAAAAGAAGUGCUACGGCUGAUGUAGCUGAGUAUGGAGACUGGCUGGAGACAGCAAAGCAGGUUGCAGGCAGGAUUAACCCAUUGCAGGCUUUUGGCUGGUGGAGCCCAGGUAAGACCCAUGAUGAGCAUCAGAAGACAGCACUGACUGAGCAGCACAAAGGGACUGAUGGGAGUGCUGGAAUUCCACAGGAGGAGAGUCAGACAGGAAGUGCUGUGGCUGAUGCAACACAGUCUGGUGGCUGGCUGGACACAGCAAAGCAGGUUGCAGGCUGGUGGAGCCCAGGUAAGACCCAUGAUGAGCAUCAGAAGACAGCACUGACUGAGCAGCACAAAGGGACUGAUGGGAGUGCUGGAAUUUCACAGGAGGACAGUCAGACAGAAUCACUAAAUCAGGGUGAAGAUUCUGAAGAGAGAGGAGUGGAGACUGAGGGGGGGAACUCUAAACACCCCUCCUCUGGCACUGUCCCGUUCAGCGCUCCUGAGUCUCCACCUGCUGCUCCACCCAAAACAGGAAGUGCAGAGGAGACAACUAGCCCUCCAGAAUCCAGCCCCUCUCCUCCCCAUUCCCUGAUAUCUCCCCCCCAUCCAGCACCAGCUCCAGUACAGAAUCAGGACCAGGAAGAGGAAACAGAAACAGCAGCAGCAGCAGAAUCUACUUAUGAGACUGCAGCCAAUCAGAGAGCAGGAGCCCACAGGCAGAGAGAGGAGGGGGAGGGGCAGGAUGGAGGUAGUGAUGGGGGCGGGGCUCAGCCCAGUGGGGCAGGAGGGGGAGGAGCUGAGAACCCAACAGAAGAUCCAGCCCAGGAGCUCCCCAGCAGCUCAGAGGAAGAGGAGAAUAUUCUGAGAUGGGGUCCAGACACCGAUGGGGGAGCAGCCCACAAAACACCUAAUGAGUGUGCUGGAAUUUCACAGGAGAGUCAGACAGUUAGUGUCCAGGAAAGCGCAGAGCUAGAUAAAGACAUGCCGAAUCCAGGUAAGACCCAUGAUGAGCAUCAGAAGACAGCACUGACUGAGCAGCACAAAGGGACUGAUGGGAGUGCUGGAAUUUCACAGGAGGAGAGUCAGACAGAAUCACUAAAUCAGGGUGAAGAUUCUGAAGAGAGAGGAGUGGAGACUGAGGGGGGGAACUCUAAACACCCCUCCUCUGGCACUGUCCCGUCCAGCACUCCUGAGUCUCCACCUGCUGCUCCACCCAAAACAGGAAGUGCAGAAGAGACAAUCCACCCUCCCGAAUCCAGCCCCUCUCCUCCCCACCCCCCUAAUUCUCCCCCCCAUCCAGCACCAGCUCCAGUACAGAAUCAGGACCAGGAAGUGGAAACAGAAAGAGCAGCAGAAGCAGAAUCUACUGAUGAGACUGCAGCCAAUCAGAGAGCAGGAGCCCAGAGGCAGAGAGAGGAGGGGGAGGGGCAGGAUGGAGGUAGUGAUGGGGGCGGAGCUCAGCCCAGUGGGGCAGGAGGGGGAGGAGCUGAGAACCCAACAGCAGAUCCAGCCCAGGAGCUCCCCAGCAGCCCAGAGGAAGAGGAGGAUAUUCUGAGACAGGGUCCAGACACCGAUGGGGGGGCAGCCCAGUGUAGUGAGGCAGGAGGGGGAGGGGACGAAAGUGUCCCAAAACCAGAUUCAGAUCAGGAUAUAGACCCCACAUCAGCAGAGGAAAAUCUAAGUGUCCCGUCCACUGAGCCAUUAAGCACAGCUGAUCCAGCCCAGGGACUCCCAGACACCACGGCCCGUUCCCCCCCUCACACUGGGGCGAGUGAGGAGUCCUGCUGUGCAGAGGAAAGCCCAACAUCAGGCCCAAAUCUGGAGCCCAACAGCACCUCUGAGGCAGAGGAAGAGAAGAAGAGAGGGAGAGAGGAGAGGAAGGAUUCACAGGACAGAGGGGUGAAGUCCCCCCCAGUAAAGCCCCCAAAACCCCCUGCACCCCCUACAGUUCCUAAAAAACCCCUUAACCCCCUACAACCCCUAAAAAACCCCUAAACCCUUGAGCAAGACUUUCCCAGAGCACA